AUGUCACAAUCAACCAAGAAGGCAAAGGACAUCAAAGCGCUCCCGUUAUCCGAAACCUUGCGGGACCUGGCCUUGCUCCGUGCGAGCGAAGUGGAUUUGGCGGGUUUACUUCCCGGCGAGGCAGCACACGAGGCUGGCAAUGAUAAGGGCGACGAAGCGGUGAAGACCUCGUCAGAGUUUAUCGCAGAGACGCGCAAAGCGUUGAAAGUACAAGACCGAGGUGAACUGGAGACUCAGGGCCAAAAGCUGGAGGAAGUUCGCUUGCAGUACGAAGAACUAUCUGCAGGGCUGAAUCAGUGUUGUGACUUGUUCGCUAAGAAGGGCAGAAUGCAGAAAAAUGACGAAUGA